UUGCUGACAUCAAAGUUGUGCGAUGCUAAAAAAGAUAUUUGCCAGAUUUAUUGACAAAUGGGUUCAGUUUGGAACUAGGUCAAGUGGUGAUAAAGGGCUUUCGAUUGAAGAUUUGGAAUAUGCAAAGAAAUUUUGUCUGAUAAAAUAGUUUGAUGGACAGCUUAAGAGCUUCAUUAAGUCUUUAAUGUUUUUAGCAUAGAUAUAUAUAUAUAUAUAUAUAUAAAGAUGGAUCUCUGUUAGUAGAGAACCUAUAAGAACCGUUAAAUGGUUAGGGCAAACCAUCAGUUUGCUUUUGCUAAGCGUUUCGUUCGGUUCGCAGGGGAAUAUGAAACCCAAUACGUCAGUUUUUCUCUUCCUUCUACUCGCUCUACUCAUUUCGUUGUGCGAUCGAAGCUGGGCCGUCUAUAAUUAUAAGCCACCUUCUCGUGGUUAUUUCUAUCCGAAACCAGCUCGACUGCCACCUUUGCCAGUCAAUGGAUCUACAACUUUGGAUACGACUUCCUCUGCUGCCAGUCCCAGCCCACCGCCCGGAGUCCAAUCGGAUUUCAUUGAUGAUCUGAUUGAGGGCCAUAAGCAGCAAAUCUUAUCGAAUGUCUUGGGCGUGUCCAGUGAAACUCCCUCGGAUCCGGCUAUCUCCUCCUCGUCCCCAAGUUUACCCCUCCUCGAGGGCGGUGGUGCCAAGGCGUUUCGCGUUAAUCGCUGUGCCAGCUGCACCUGCGGCGUUCCCAAUGUGAAUCGCAUUGUGGGCGGCACCCAAGUGAGGACGAAUAAAUAUCCUUGGAUUGCCCAGAUCAUACGCGGCACCUUCCUAUUCUGCGGGGGAACUUUGAUCAACGAUCGCUAUGUCCUGACUGCCGCCCACUGCGUUCAUGGCAUGGACAUGAGGGGCGUGUCCGUAAGACUAUUGCAGUUGGACAGAAGCUCCACCCACCUGGGAGUCACCAGGUCGGUGGCCUUUGCUCAUGCCCAUGUGGGCUAUGAUCCCGUGAGCCUGGUACAUGAUAUAGCUCUGCUGAGAUUGGAUCAACCGAUUCCUUUGGUGGAUACAAUGCGACCAGCUUGUUUGCCCAGCAAUUGGUUGCAAAAUUUUGACUUUCAGAAGGCCAUUGUGGCCGGAUGGGGUCUGAGUCAGGAGGGUGGUUCCACAUCGAGUGUCCUGCAGGAGGUGGUGGUGCCCAUCAUCACGAAUGCUCAGUGCCGGGCCACCUCCUAUAGGUCUAUGAUUGUGGAUUCUAUGCUGUGUGCGGGAUAUGUGAAGACCGGAGGUCGAGAUGCCUGUCAGGGUGAUAGCGGUGGUCCCUUGAUCGUCAGGGAUCGCAUUUUCCGACUGGCUGGUGUCGUUUCCUUUGGCUAUGGAUGUGCCAAGCCCGAUGCCCCUGGUGUCUACACUCGAGUCUCUCGUUAUCUGGAGUGGAUAGCAGUCAACACAAGGGAUUCCUGCUAUUGCGUUAACUAGUCGGUUACUAGGAGUUAACAAAUCUUUUAAAUAUUAUUUAUUUAUUUAUUUUGUGAAUUAAUAAAUAUUUGAUGAGCCUCUUAAAGGGCUGAUUGAGAUUUUCUAAGAACUUACAAGAACUUGGAAACUAGA